AUGCCGCUCGGUGUAGCACAGACUGUAGCCGAAGGCGUACUUUUGAGUGGCUAUGUUUUCCUCCUAAUCAUUAUCGUUACAUCUAAAGUACAUGUGUUGAAAACUGCGUUCUAUACAGUAUUUGUCGCAACAGGAGUUGCGGACGUCCUUGCUAUAAUGGUGAGCUGCUUCAGUCGGCUUAACCGUCAACUUGGUCUUGGUCCAGAAUUCAAGGGCAUUAUGCCAUUUACAAUUAUGAUGAGUGGAACGACGUUUCUCACUCAUAUGAUAGGAAACAUGCUCCUUACAAUCAAUCGAUACUCUGCACUUUGCUUUCUGAAGAAGUAUGACAAGAUAUGGACUCGAAGAAAUGUAUGGAUUAUGAUAGUUGCACAGUACGUAGUGGCGUUUGCUGCAUACUCUCAUAUGAUCGGAGCGGAAGUGCUGUAUAAACAAGGAGAUGAUGGAGCUUACACAUUCGCUGGAGUAGAUUCCGGUAGCAGUUGGGUAUGA